AUGGAGCUCCCGCGGAAGGGCAGCAUCAAGUCGUAUGGCGGCGGCUCGAACCGGUCGUCCCGGUCGGCGUCCUUCGACUUCGACCAGGACCAGGAUCGCGAGCGCCGGGAGAUCGUCCUCAAGAUCAACGACGACGUCGGCCAGAGCUCCUUCUCCCUCAAAUCGGCCGCCCGGGGCGGCCCGGACGCCAGCUACGGCGCGAUCCCGGGGACUGGGUCGGGCGGGUCCAGCGCCCCGGCAUCGCCCACCGGGGCAGGCCACUUCAUCGAGUCCUUCAGCUUCAAGAACCGCCCGCCGGAGUCGCCACCGUCUCCCACCAGCGUCCAGGGGGAGUGUAGCGACGACCCGCCCAGCCGACUCAUCGGGAGCUUCCUGCGCAAGCAGGCGGCGGCGGGCGGUGAGGUGUCGCUUGACCCCGAGCUCGAGAUGGAGGAGAUGCGGCGGCUGCUGAAUGUCCCAGCGCCCAUCUCCCCGUCACGCGUCUCCUUUCAGCAGGACCCGCGGAAGCGGUUUGUCCCCUCGUCCACCACUGCGGGCUCGUCCUCCUCCUCCUCCGACGCCGGCGGUGGUGGCAACAGCCGGAAGAAGGCCCACGCGGGGGCAGGAGGCGACCCCGCUGAGGUGAUCCGCUGCACGUCAACGUCCACGGGCACCAACGCCGGCCUGCUCCCGCGAAGCAAGACGCGGUCCCGGCUCAUGGACCCGCCGCCGCCGUCCAGCGGCUCCACCACCGAUGGCAACGACCACCGCAAGUCCUUCGUCGGCGCGCCGCCCAAGUCCGGCCAGCUCCGUUCGGGGCUCAUCGCCAGGUCGGGCUUCCUCGGCAAGCCCGGCGGCGGGUUCGAACCGGAGGAGGACGACGACCCGUUCGUGGACGAGGGCCUCAACGCCGACUCCAAGCGCGACACGGUGGACUGCCUCAUCAUCCUCGAGUGGGUCGGCCUCGUCGUCAUCCUCGCCUCCCUCGUCUGCAGCCUCACCAUCCCGACCCUGGCCAGGAAGAAGCUCUCGGGCCUCCACCUCUGGAAGUGGGAGCUGCUGGUGUGCGUGCUCAUCUGCGGCCGCCUCGUCUCCGGCUGGAUCGUCCGCAUGGCCGUCUUCUUCGUCGAGCGCAACUUCCUCCUCAAGAAGAAGGUGCUCUACUUCGUCUACGGCGUGCGCCGCGCCGUGCGCAACGUGCUCUGGCUCGGCGUCGCCCUCGUCUCCUGGCACCUGCUCUUCGACAAGGACGCCCAGCGCGAGACGCACACCAUCGUCCUCCCCUACGUCACCAAGGUGCUGUGCUGCCUCCUCGUCGCCACCGUGAUCCGCCUCGUCAAGACGCUGCUGCUCAAGGUGCUCGCCUCCUCCUUCCACGUCUCCACCUUCUUCGACCGCAUCCAGGAAGCCCUCUUUAACCAGUACGUCAUCGAGACGCUCUCCGGCCCGCCACUCGUCGACGAGAGCCGCAUGCUCGCCGAGGUGGAGCGGCUGCAGAGCGCCGGGGCCACCAUGCCUACCGAGCUCCAGGCGGCGGCCAUGCCCACCCCCAAGCCUGCCGCCGCCUCUGGUCCCGUGCCGCCCAAGAGCGGCCGGCUCACGGCGGCGGCGUCCCGGCGUGGGGCCAGCAAGCAGCUGCAGAAGCAGAAAUCCGACCGACAUCUCGACGAAGGCUCCAUCACCAUUGACCAGCUCCACAGGCUCAGCCAGAAGAACAUCUCCGCCUGGAGCAUGAAGAGGCUCAUGAAGAUUGUCCGCUACGGGGCGCUCACCACCAUGGACGAGCAGAUCAAGCACGCCACGUGCGAGGAGGACGAGCUCGCCACGCAGAUACACAGCGAGUACGAGGCCAAGGUCGCAGCCAAGAGGAUUUUCCACAACGUCGCCAAACCUGGAUCCAAGCAUAUAUACCUAUCGGACUUGAUGCGCUUCAUGAGGCAGGAGGAGGCCCUCAAAGCCAUGGACCUCUUCGAAGGAGCGCAGGAGCAAAACAGGGUGAGCAAGAGGUCGCUCAAGAACUGGGUGGUGAACGCGUUCAGGGAGCGCAAGGCACUCGCCCUCACGCUCAACGACACCAAGACCGCCGUCAACAAGCUCCACCAGAUGGCCAACGUCGUCGUUGCGCUCAUUGUGCUUGCUCUCUGGCUCCUCAUCCUCGGCAUCACCACCACCCGCUUCUUCGUUGUCAUCAGCUCCCAGCUCCUCGUCGCCGUCUUCAUCUUCGGCAACACCCUUAAGACCAUCUUCGAGGCCAUCAUCUUCCUCUUCGUCAUGCAUCCUUUCGACGUCGGCGAUCGCUGCGAGGUCGAUAAUAUGCAGGUUGUCGUUGAGGAGAUGAACAUCAUGACCACUAUUUUCCUACGAUACGACAACCUCAAGGUUUACUAUCCCAACAGCAAGCUCGCCACCUUGCCUAUCAUGAACUAUUACAGGAGCCCGGACAUGGGAGAUGCCGUCGACUUCUCAGUUAACGUCGCUACACCGCCGGAGAAACUGGCCCUCAUGAAGGAAAGAAUGAUGCACUACCUUGACAACAAGAAGGAGCACUGGUACCCUGGCUCUAUGGUUGUGCUCCGCGACAUUGAUGACACAAACAGGCUGAAAAUAUCCAUAUGGUGCCGCCACACCAUCAACUUCCAGGACAUGGGGAUGAGGUUCGACCGGAGAGAGCUCAUUCUCCACGAGAUGAUGAAGAUCUUGAGAGAUCUUGACAUAGAAUACCGGAUGCUACCACUCGACAUAAAUGUUCGCACUGCCCCUCCGAUCCAUUCUGCUAGGAUGCCCACAACAUGGGCGUUGAAUUUUUGA